CAGUCUCGCAGCAACAGCGGCGCGGACCGGCCGCAUCCAAAACGUUUCUAUUAUUUUACAUUACGUGUUUCAUUUCGCGUAGACUUUUGGACGGCGGUAGUAUGCGGCGCGAUAGUGCAACAAAUUUGUGACUUUGGACAUUUUAAAAAAAGAAUAUGGAACAUCGUGACUUUUUCGACAAAAACAAGAAUCAUUUUGACCGGAAUCAAAAAUAUUUUUCAUAACCGCAACUUUACGCAGUUCAAACUAGAUUUUUUUUUUCACUGGUUUUUCUUGCAAGUUUUUCUUUUUCGCAACAUUUUACAACAAACAAACAUACUAAGUAAUGCAGUUCAAUAAGUUUGAGUUUACGUACAUUUUGUUUUGUUUGAAACUUUAACAAGAUAGGCAACAAACUGUAUUAGCGACAGACGGGAGAAUAGAAGAGAAGAGAAGAUGGCGCUCGCAUCUUCUGUCAGCCUGUACUACUCCAUCGUGCAGAGAGCUGCUAGGCACUACUUGGAAGAUUAUUGUCACACAGACACGACAACACCGUACGUCCUCUACAAAGAUGGCGUGGAGCGAGCCCCACCAGGCACGCAGUGGGGCGGCGGAGUGCUGGACGGUGGCUACCAGCCCAUGCAACACCAGAGCCCCGGCGGGCCCUCACCACAGCCCGAGCCCCAGCUCGCGUCGCCAGCUCCAUCACCCUACCCGCCCGCGCCGCCGCCCCCAGAUCCCACCGCGGCCGCAGAGGACGCUGCCCAGCAACUCGCACAGCAGCAGGCCCAGCAACAAGCGCAACAGCAACAACAGCAACAGCAGCAGCAACAACAACAACAAACUUCUCCAGAACACAUGCAAGUGGAGCAACAGCUCCAAAGUCAACCACAACCCCAACCUCCCACUCAGGACCACUUAGACCGAACUCCAUGCUUCGUCCCGCAGCCAGAUCUGCAGCAACAAUACACGCCGUAUUUCAAAGAAGCGAGACCAGCGAGCCACAUGCUGGGUACUGGUGGCUUCCCUUUACACUACUUGAAACAAAAUGGUGGUGUGUUGUCCUUAGAAGGUCCACUAGACCAGUACGCUGCACCUGACCUGCGCCACCUGCCUGACAUCGUGCAGCCUGAGCCACCGAAGCCACGGAAACAUAACCCCAAUUCAGAGCUGCGCUUGUUCAAGUGCUUGACGUGCGGCAAAGACUUCAAGCAGAAGUCGACGUUACUGCAGCACGAGCGGAUCCACACGGACUCGCGGCCGUACGGGUGUCCCGAGUGCGGCAAGCGGUUCCGGCAGCAGUCGCACCUGACGCAGCACCUGCGCAUCCACGCGAACGAGAAGCCGUACGCCUGUGUGUACUGCCCGCGCUCGUUCCGGCAGCGCGCCAUCCUCAACCAGCACCUGCGCAUCCAUUCCGGUGAGAAGCCAUAUACGUGCGGCGAGUGCGGCAAACAUUUCCGCCAGAAGGCCAUCCUGAACCAGCACGUCCGCACACACCAAGAUGUUUCACCUCAUCUCAUCUUCAAGAAUGGAACAACUCCAACGCUGUGGCCCCAAGAUGUACCAUUCCCUGCUGACGAAAACAAAGAAGAGAUCCAGUCAACUUUCGGCGACGCAGAUGGACAGAACGGCGACCAGCGCGGCUCCUGCUUCUCACCAGGCGACACGGCGCAGUAUCCAGCUUACUUCAAAGAUACGAAAGGUCUCAAUCAUUCAGUUUUCAGCUCGGGUCUUUCUCUGCAAUAUUUGAAAGGAGGUAAGCUGCCCGACGUACUUGGAGGAAGAGCAAUGCCUCUGUACGUGCGAUGCCCAAUAUGCCAAAAGGAAUUCAAACAAAAGUCAACGCUGCUUCAACACGGGUGUAUUCACAUAGAGUCGCGCCCUUAUCCGUGUCCAGAGUGUGGCAAGCGUUUCCGACAACAAUCGCAUCUAACGCAACACUUGCGCAUCCACACCAAUGAGAAACCAUACGGCUGCGUGUACUGCCCGCGCUUCUUCCGUCAGCGAACCAUCCUCAACCAGCACCUGCGUAUCCAUACAGGCGAGAAGCCAUACAAGUGCACGCAGUGCGGUAAAGAUUUCAGACAAAAGGCCAUUCUGGACCAGCACACGCGGACGCACCAGGGUGACCGACCUUUCUGCUGCCCAAUGCCCAACUGCAGGCGGCGAUUUGCCACAGAGCCAGAAGUAAAGAAGCACAUCGACAACCACAUGAAUCCGCAUGCAGCUAAAGCGCGGCGCGCUGAUGCAUCCAAGACCCCGCGGCCCCUGCCGCCUGCAGCCGCUGUGGUGAAGCCCGAGCUGUACUUCCCGCAGUGCUACGCUCCACCGUUCCAGCAGUUCCCCGGGUCGGGGGCCGAGUUCAAGCCCGCGGUGGGGCCUGGCGCGCCAGUGGCGUGUCUCCCGGCGCAGUGACCCGCGCCACCGCCGCGGUGGCACCCGGCGCCCUCUCACGCGCACGCGCACCACGACCUCUACGCCGCCGACCGCCUGUACAACUGAGCACGCGGCGACACAAGUAUACGACCGCGCUCUGCGCGCCCACAUUACCAGUAGUCGAUGUAUCAUUAACCGGAUCGCUGUAAAACGAGCUUCGAUCUGUAAAUAACGUCCUGUUUGUACUCUAUCGGGAGUUCUGUCGCGAUGUACAAUUUCAAAGUUCAUCACGUGUAGUGUUACCGUCGAAGAAGCGAAUACAGUUAGCGUUUUUGCCCCGUAAUCGUUAAGUUACCAAGUAAGAGUUAGUUUUCUCGGUGAUUCUCGAUUCUGCUGAAAUGGUCGCAGACGCCCCGAGCAGAUCUAGCUCGGAGAUUAGGAUUUAAAACACUUCGUUGAAAUCUAAAAAUUAAGAAUUGAUCUUUUACCACAUAACAAUAUUUCGCGAUGAAUGUUUCUGGCGCGACGUUGUGCCUAAUUGUAAUAAAUACCUAUACAUAUUUUGUAGAUGUAUUAAGUUAAUUUUAUUUACGAGUAUUAAGAGAUAAAAUCUGGCAAAUUAAUGGGGUUUUAUACAGGAAUCCAUGAUGCUCAAAAUACGUUAAAAGUAACGAUAAGGAAUGAUAGGAAUUUACGAGUUAGGUGUAAAGAGAGUUGGGACACGAGUCUAACGCGGGAUGAACAUCGUGGGAGGAACACAAUCAUGAAUGCAAACCAAAAACGUAGGUUACCUGUUGCCAUCAACAUUUACUUUGUUAGUGUUACGCGCGGUUCUGUUACAUUUACAUGUGAGAUUACUGGAUGUCUGUGUAACACUAUAGGUGCCAAAUAGCGUAGUGAUUUUUAAAUUUUUUCUACCAGCUUGUAUUAUAGUUGGCCUAGUUUAGGUUGUUACCAGUUUUUUCAACGAUGUGACAAAAUGAGAUGCAUUUAAGAGGAAAGGGUCAGACUGAGAGAGGACUGUGAUAGCUAGGUAGGUUAGGUGUCUAUUUCGCUCAUUUAGCGUGUAAUCUUCGUGUGUCGAGACGAGAUCGGGAAUCGUUGUGGGCUCGAGUGACUGUUUGAAAGUUGAAAGUUUUUCCUUUACGUUUUGUGCAAGUGCAAAUUGCUUUUUAUAAUAUAUGAGUCGAUUCGAUAUGAAAAUCAUUUAUGUUCCUAAAUUUUAAUUAUCUAAAACGUUUGUUUCUGUGGCUGGCAGGACGUGGCCGGCCCCUUCUUUUGCUUGACUGAUUUGAUAACAUUAUUAGGAUGAGUGAGAUUAGUAAAAUUUACCAUAUAGGUAAAAUGUGUGAUGACGCAAAGUGCUUUGUUGUAGUUUGAUCCAAGGGACGGAGGGUACGCCAGAGUAAAUCUUAUUUCUAAUUUAGCUUAGACUAUCGAUUUUCGAAUUACCAAGCAAUUCGAUCAUUCAUCGCGAAAUAACUUAGAAUUUAGGAAGAAUAAAAUAUUAUAUGAAUUUGUAACAUUGCUGGAGUAUGCUGGCGGUGCGUAUGAGUCUCAAACAUUACCGCAUUCACGUCGUUUCCGUAGACAAAAUGAUGCAGCUCAAACCGAUUGUAUACGUGGAUAUGUAGGAUUCAUACUGAGCGAGGACACGGAUAUAUUUAAUAUAUCUGGCAAAAAUCAAAAUUCAUAAAAAUCAAAAGAUGGUCAGGCCCAGACACUGUACGAGUCUCCCAGACUAUAAACUACGAGCGACGCCAGGAUAUUCCAGCAAACUUUUUAACGUUUUACUAUCUCUGUUUGUACGUAUAGACAACUUAUAUAGCUUAUUUUACUAUAUUAUCGUGAUGGUUUCGUUUUCCUACCGCAUAAUAUGAACUGUUAAUUAACUAUAGGUGUAAUAGUAAGGUGGAUGCGUGGGAGUCACAUAACCAAUUUAUUAUUUGUCACUACGAAGUGAUCGAUGCAAUAUUAUUAUUUAGUGGGUUUAUUGUGUGUUGAUUUUACGACAAAUUUAUCGCAUUGGGCAAUUAUGAAAAUUAAUCGGUCUGUUAGUUGUGAACGACGGCGCCGGCGCAGACUAAUGUAAUACUGUUAACGAACCAAACGAUCUUGUAUACGAUUUUAAUCGAUUCCAAAUCGAGUAGCACACUUGCGAUAGCCUUAGAUCACCAGUAUCGAUGAAGCGGUAUACCGCCACGUGCACCGUUCACAACUGACGCCAAACCUAGCAUUUUAUUUUCCAUUUUGAUUUUCCUAUCAAACUUUCGGAGGUUUACAAUCAAAAACAUCGUUAUCGAAGAAAAUUAGAAACAUUUAUCUUCCGUGACUAACGUUUUCCACAUUGUUCACAUGUGAUCCUCCUAGAGGGCAGCACCGCGCCGCCCCCGCCUCCCAACACAAUAGCAUAGGAUUCAGUUCUGUUAUAGUUUAUACGACACACGAGCAGCCUUAUACAAUAAUAGUUGAUAAGUAUUUUUAUACAAUGAAAGAUAUAUUUGUUCCAUAUUGGGCGGGGGUGGCGCGUCGCACCCUAGUACAAAGUUUGAAUACAAACAUACAACACAGUGCCAUAGCCGAGAAAUAACCUCAGAUUUAUACUUAUUAGAUUUUUAUACCAAUACAAAUGGAUUUAAUUUUUAAAUAUGAAACAAGAAGUGAUUAAGUAUACAGAGAUUACAGAUGAUAUUUUAUACAUUUAUUACAUACAAUAUUAUUAAAAAGGUAAAUGUGAAAUAGUCUUAAAGUUAGUGUUGUAUGCAACGUGCUAAGUACCUAAGUAAGUACAGUUGUGUUACUUAUACCGGAGUUGUGGAAAAUUGAUCCGAAACGCUAUAUAUCCAUUUUGCACAACUUUUAAAAUCUUCAAAUGCACGUUGGUUUUCAGAAAUUUUUAAUUUUCUCCUUACUACUUACAUACAUUCAGUGUGGUUAUUGUAAAUACAUAUCAUUGGGAAUUUUUGAGGCAGUGUUGCAACACAAGAAAAUAAUUUUGGUUUUUAUUGAAACCGGAAUGUUGCAGACAAAAAUGUAAGCCAACAAAUAUCGGAACAUCGAUUUCAAUUGAUGAUUUGACACAGGAUGAUUUAGUCAUUUGGAUGGAAUUACUAUAGUAAACAUGUCCCAGGCUGUUCUGUUUGUAUUGCUCACUGUUUUGUUAAGUUUUGCUCAAUUACACGUGUAUGUAUACCUAUAAAGUUAAUCUUAUUAGUUUGUAUUGUGUACGAAAUGAUUUUGUAAAAUAUUAUUUUGAGAGCACGGUUUUGCUUUCUUAUGAAACUAUUUUUAAGUGCUGAAAAGUUUCGACUGUACGCAGUCCCAGUAAGAUUUCAAUUUGAACAUUAAAAUUGGCAAAUCUUGUAGUUCACAAUAUAUAAACCAUAGUAAACAGUGUCAAGCCGUGUAUAAACGUGCCGUCCAGUUCUGAUCGGAUAUCCAUAUAAUACAGUAUGUACCUAACUUGGAUUAUGUUCCCCGCUCAUUUCAUAACAUUAAUUAGGUUUCAAGCAUGUUCCUAACCUUUAUUGAUACGUAAUAUUUAUUUAUACAGUACCUACACACAUUUCUUACCGACUACCCAUAGGAUAGGAGUUAGAUUCAGUAAAUCAUUUGCCAAUUCUUGUCUAACAAACAUUUCCUUCGAUGGAAUCAAAUUCCAAUAUCUACAAGUUUAUAUCCAUUACUGUCAUACUCAGACAUUUAAUGAUUACUUAAACUGUUCCUUAGUAACGAUAACAAUUGUUAAGGGCUGGGUUAAGUAACCAUUAAGUGACUCUGAGUACGACAGUGAGACUCUCGGAGCCAAGACCUUCGAUAGCAAAGUACCUAAUGCAAUUUUACCCAUUCAUAGCUAAACAACAACCAUCUUCGUAUUUUACUCAAUAUCAAUAUGCCUACUUAAUUUUGUAUAUUUUUAAGUUGUUAAAAAUAAUAAAAGGAGAGAAUAAGAUUGCAUUGUAAAAGAAUACUUUGCAUAUAACAUAAUAAUUAUCAGGAUAACGUCAAUUGUAUUAAAUACAAUUAAAAAAGCGAUGUAAGUGUGACUGUAACAUUGCAGAGUUUGAUGAAACAAUUAAUUAAUUUAGUUUUUAACUUUUAACAGAGAACUUACACUAACUGCCGUACUCAGAGACAUUUAAUGAUUACUUAAACUAUUCUUUAGUAACGAUUUUGUAUCGAAAACAAUUGCUAGGUUAAGUAACCAUUAAAUGACUCUGAGUACGGCGGUAAUUCCUUUCGUUUAAUGCAUUUAUUUGUGAUCUCACGGUGAAAUUGUACGGUCUUACGUAUAUGUUGAAAUUGGCGAAUGCAAGUCGACCUACCAGUUCAUUUUCUAAUGAGUAACAAACACAUAUCCACAUUAUGCAUUAAUUUAAAACUUGCACCAAGCAAUAUAUUAUAAGUUAUCGUGUAUUCAACAUUACCAUUUAAUUUUAUUAUACAAAACCAAGUUCCCAUACAUUUGUACAUUAUACACAUAGGAUACUUUUAUGGUUUGGUCGCAAUUAAACUGAAUACUGUACCUACAUUUAUCAGGUACCAGUUUAUGUCAGUGUAAUAUGUUAAAUGAGCUUAGUGUAACAGUUUUUGUUUUAUACUGAAGUUGGCUACGAAUUAUUUCAACGUCUUCCAUUUACAGCGUAGUAUACAGUAUAAAUAUGGCGUUUUUAAUUUGUGACAGUACUUUAAGUUUUUUUUUUAUAUAAAUUUUGGGUUCAUACAUUAACGACUGCCAUGUUGAACGGUACCAGAAUAUGUUGACAAACAGCCCUAAUGUGUGAACCCGAUAAGUGUUAUUCGCAUUAUUGUAUAGUUUAUACAUAAAAUCGUAUCACUGCAACUAGUGCAGUACCAGUGCAAUACACUUGAUUCUUUUGGCGAUAUUAUUAUUGUAUAAUUUAUUUUAUAAAUGACUUAUUUUAAAAAUAGUUAUUAGUGUUAAUACGAAUAAUUGGUAGCCAACAUAAACAUGGCCUAUAAUGAUAAUUUGAUAAAGUUAGUAUACACGUAGCAUUGUACCCACUGCCACUCGCCAACCGCUGUCGGAAACAAUAACGAUACAAAGUAAUAAUUUUUUAUCACAAUAGAGACUUGUUGAACCAGUUCCACAGUAAAAUAAGUGUUGUUGAAUUUUUUAAUAAAAAUAUGGACAUAUUUAGAUUAAUGAUCUUGUAGUCUGGAUUGAGUUUUUUACAGAUUUUAUUAAAUGCAAAGUUUUCAAGUAUAAUAAAUGAUGAAGCUACGUCGCCUACGCAGCUUAUUUUUGCUACAAAACUUAUUUUAAGCCAUACAAUAACAGUUUUAAAUAAUAGUACAAUACAUAUACAGAUUAUACAAUUAUAUACAAUAGACAUAUACAAUAAAGCGGUGAUAUUAUACAUAUUUUAUUUACAAGCGUUGUAGGCGGCGUACCUUGAGGCAUAAGUUCGUUUCAUUAAUGGGUGCUGUUAUAUCAUUAAUUGUACAUAUUUAUUGUAAUAUACAAUAGUCUGGUAAUUUUACACUGUUGUUAGGUUUCUACAGAGUUAUCCUUGAGGCUGUUCCAUUACUGAUUAAAUAAAUACAUAAUAUAUUAUUUACUCAAACAAUAUUUAUAACAGAUUUCCGUAAGUUACUGGAUUGAUUGUUUUUCUAAUGUUAUAGCAAUAGAGGUUCAUAUAAUGACAGUGAAAUAAACAUAUAUUUAUAUACAAUAAGAUGGUCUGAUGGAUCAGUAUGGAACAGUCUCAGUCCAUAUGUUACAAUAGAGUAUAUUUUCGUACAUACCUACAGAGCCGAUAGUAGACUAUAUGAAAUUCAUUUUAGACAAUCCCAGAAUACAAGAUCGAACUUUUUACACACAACAGUAACAACAGACUUCAGUUUAUUUAAUAUAGCAUUAUUACAUAUUUUGUGUUUCGAUGAAAACAGUUGGUUGCGAUAUGGUCACAAAAUCCAGGCGAAAAAAAUUGUAACGUUGGCAUUUGUCGAAAAUAAUGAAAAAAAAAACGGUAUUAUUACGAAAAAAAAAAUUGUAAAUAUAUUUUCUAGUUCUUCCAAAAUGAAUAAUAUCAGUAUUAAAUACAAAAUUCAACUUUGGUUAGGUCAAAAGUGUAAUUGUGUGAUCUAUAGUGAAUUUUAGGAUUUUUCUUCAUAUUAUAUAACUUUUAAAGGAUAUUUUUAAUUAUUUUUUAGUUAAGUACAUUAUUUUUUCUUUUUUUUCUUUAGAUUGUAUUUUAAUUGAAUUUUAAUGAUCUUGCCUAGAAUUGCAUUUACGUUAGUUACUUUAUAAUACGUUUGAAGUUGAUACCAUCGUAUUUAUGUAUAUUAUUAUUAUUGUAUUAAGGGUUUUGUUUGUUUUUUUGUCAUUAAUAGAAGUAAAAUGUUGUAAAAAGUAAGCUCGUUGUAUUUUAUCAAAUAAACACUUUUUAGUCCAACUGAAGCAAUACGUUGCAGUUUUAUUUCA